AUGGAGGUUGGUCUGUGUACUCCGUGCAACAUCCAAAUUUGUGAGGUGACCUGCGAUUCCUUCCGCAUCAUGUGGGAUAUGACCCCCGAGGACACUGCCAGGGCGACGCAUUUCUUUAUUGACCUGAGUCGGAAAGAUAACCGUGAUCCCAACCGCUUCAAACACCGAGAUGUACCGACUAAGCUUGUAGCCAAGGCUGUCCCACUCCCUAUGGCAGUCAGGGGGCACUGGUUCCUCAGCCCUCGUACGGACUACUGUGUUGCUGUGCAGACUGCAGUCCGACAAGCAGAUGGGGAUUAUCUGGUCUCUGAGUGGAGUCAGGUGGUCGAGUUCUGCACUGGAGACUAUGCCAUCGACCACCUGCAGCAGCUGCAGGAUAAGGCAAAAGGCUCAGCUGGGAGACUGCUUAAAUUCUCUGUGUUUUACCGUAAUCAGCACCCAGAGUAUUUCAACCAUGUCAGAAAGGAGUGUGGUGGAUGGAUGCACCCUGCUCUUAAAGACAACAGUGGAAGUCAUGGCUCUCCUGUCAAUGGGAAAUUACCUGGGGUCUUUUUUAGCUGCAAUACUGAGUUUGACACUGGUCUCCCCCCUAAAGACUCCCCUUACGGACCACUGCGCUUCCAGAUCCCUGCUGGACACCUGCUUAAUCACAACAUAAGUCUAUAUUUUGCAGACUUUUACUGUAUGUACACAGCUUACCACUAUGUCGUGCUGGUACUGACUCCUGUUGGCUCAGAGGGGGAUAACUUUUGUCGAACCCGGCUCCCCAUGUUGGACUUGGCCUCCAACCCGUUCCUGAUGUAUAUUGCCCCCCAGAGGCCAGGAGAGGAGCCUCUGUACUGCCAUUCCAGUGACGUUAUCCUUGAGGUGAUUUUUACUGAACCAGUGCAUUUGGACCAGGGGACAGUGGAGCAGAUCAGCGGUCACCAGCUCAUGAGUCUGACCACAGCCAAUGCCAAGAAGGACCCCAGCUGCAAAGUGUGCAACAUUAGUGUGGGACGUUGA